AUGGAAUAUCGCUUUCUUGGACGUUCUGGCUUACAGGUCUCAGCAAUCUCUUUGGGGAGCUGGCUCACAUACGGCGGCCAUGUUGACAAAGAUAGAGCGUUUGCCUGUAUGAAAGCAGCCUAUGAUUGCGGCAUCAACUUUUUUGACUGCGCCGAGGGUUAUGCUGAUGGUGACGGUGAAAGGAUCAUCAAUUGGGGUGGCUCAUACGGUGAGAUCGCGGCCAACAACUACGGUUUAUCGCGGAAGCAUAUUAUCGAAGGUCUAGAUGCGUCACUUGAGCGUAUGGGCCUCUCAUACGUAGACCUCGUCUACGCACACCGUCCAGACAGAAAGACGCCAAUCGAGGAAAUCGUGCGAGCUUUCAACCAUGUCAUCAACAUGGGCAAGGCCUUUUACUGGGGUACUUCCCAAUGGAGCGCCGAUGAGAUCGCUACAGCCUGGAGGUAUGCUGACAAGCUUGGUCUCAUUGGGCCGACCAUGGAACAACCGGAAUACAACAUGCUCACGCGGACUAAAGUCGAAUCCGAGUUUGUGCAUUUGUAUAGAGAAGUUGGCACCGGAUUGACCGUCUUCUCGCCACUUGCUAUGGGACUUUUAACUGGCAAGUACAACGAUGGUAUCCCGGAUGAUUCCCGACUUGGAGUAAGCGAUGAUAAAUUUGUAAAGCUUACAAAGUCGGAGUUUGGGAACGAGGAGGGUAAGAAAAUGCUGCGCAAGAUUGCUCGGCUCAAGCCUGUAGCUGAAAGCCUGGGAACGUCACAGGCGAUAUUGGCGUUGGCCUGGGUGCUGAAGAACAAGAAUGUCAGCUCGGCUAUUACGGGAGCCAGCAGGCCGGAGCAGAUACAGGAGAGUGUGAAAGUAUUCUCCAUCUUGCCCAAGUUGACCGAUGAGAUCAUGCAAGAGAUUGAUAACAUACUUGAGAACCGACCGACACCAAUUACAAGUCGAUUUAUAUAG